UGGGGACCAGAGCUCUUAUUUCUCCAUGUUAUCAGCAGGGCAGCAACGGUCACAAUCGGUGCGUGCCGAGUGGAUUUGCAGUGAGUGGAUGGGCCACGUGAGGUCCCUUCUGGGUGGGGAAGACCUCGGUGCCUUCUCCAUGCCCCCCUCAUGCUGGUGGCUCCCCAAGGCCUCUUUCUAGACUCCCUCACAUCUGUGCCAGUCUCCUCUGUCCUCACCUCUCCUGGCCAAGCUCUCCGGAUUUCUUCUGGGGCUGCACAGCAGCCUGCUAAAAGGGAUUUCCAUUUCCACACUAACCCUUGCCUCCUCUGCACGGCCAGCACACUCUUCAGGUGCCUGCAGGGGCUGUGGCAGGGGCUGCUGGUGUGGCAGCAGGAGACACCCUCCGAGUUUGACUUGGCCUAUGCCGACUUCCUCUCUCUGGACAUCAGCAUGCUGCGGCUCUUUGAGACCUUCUUGGAGACGACGCCACAGCUCACCCUGGUGCUGGCCAUCAUGCUGCAGAGCGGCCAGGCCGAGAACUACCAGUGGUUUGGCGUCUGCACGUCCGUGCUGAGCAUCUCAUGGGCGCUGCUGGACUACCACCAGGCCCUGCGUACCUGUCUUCCCUCCAAGCCCGGCCUGGGCUGGCCUGCCUCUGCCAUCUACUUCCUGUGGAACCUGCUACUGCUGUGCCCCCGACUCCUGGCUGUGGCCCUGUUCUCAGCCCUCUUCCCCCAAUAUGUGGCCUUGCACUUCCUGGGCCUGUGGUUGGUACUGCUGCUCUGGGUCUGGCUUCAGCGUACAGACUUUAUGCCGGACCCUGGCUCUGAGUGGCUAUACCGGGUGACGGUGGCCACCAUCCUCUAUUUCUCCUGGUUCAACGUGUCUGAGGGCCACACCCGAGGCCGGGCCACCAUCCAUCUGGUAUUUCUCUUGAGUGACAGUGUUCUACUGGUGGCCACCUGGGUAACCUACAGCCCCUGGCUGCCCGGUGAGAUCUCAUUACGUGUUUGUCUGGCUGUGGGAGGCAUCUGCUUCCUUGCAGGUCUGGCUGUGCGCCUUAGCUACUACCGCUGGCUGCACCCUAGUUGCCGCUGGGAGCCUGAUCCGGUGGAUGGAACCCGGGUGGAUGGGCGCCGGAAUCUCUUUCCUUGUGAAAAUCAUCAACUGCUUUGGAACAGGCGCAUGACUCAGUUGGCAUUGAGCUUCUUCCCUAAAGCUAAGGAUGAGGGUGUUUUGCCAGGGAAGGGAGAGGUGAAUGGGGUCCUUUAGCAGUGUAGACCCAGCUACAGGGGUUCACUGUGUGAACAAGAUGAGAAGAGCUGGGCCUAGAGGGUCACGGGUGCUGAUUAUGCACAAGCCACGUUGGCAGGAAAGAGGACUCAUUUUCUCCUGAAGCAGUAUAGGCGGUGCACCCCAAACUUCACAUUGUUGGUAUUUUCACCACUCCAGCCACUUUUCCAAGUGGUAGAAAUGCUGUCCCACCCCUUGGUUCUCUACCCCAGGUUAAAUGGCCCCAGGAGUUCUCCAGACUCCUUCCCAGCCCCACCCCAUUCAUUUAAUUUAUUCAACAAAUGUUUACUGAAAGCAUUGUAUGUGCCACGAACAGCAUUGUAACUUUGGUACCAGCUGCCACCUAGCUUCAUCCCCUACCCGACUGAACCAGUCCUGGGUAGGAGCUCAGUGGUGGAGUCCAGGACACCCAACUGUAGACUUUCAGCCCUCCAGGGUCUCCAUACAGCUGGCCCAGCCUCUGUGCCGCUCUCCAUGGGCUGCCUUUCAACUAAGUGCCUUGUAGACCUGUGGUGUGGGCCAUGCACAGCCCGCUGAAUAUUUUUAUUCUUUAGCCAGUGUCCCUCCUACCUCAGAGUCCGUGUUAGAUGAAGACAAUGUGUGUGUCACUGCAAGUGAGGACACGUGGUACAUGUUUGACAGUAUUAUAAGGUUAUUAUUAAAACCUCAUAAAAUCC